AUGGCCGAGAUUGCUAAAUGCAAAUUUCUUAAAGAAUGUGAUAAAAGCUCCUCCUCCUUUCAUGCUCUGAUGAAAAGGAAUAUUAAUAGGAACCAUAUUUCUUCAGUUACCUUGGAAAAUGGAAAUCAGACUCAAUCUAUCUCUCAAGUUGCUGAGGAAUUCCUGAGUUUCUAUAACCAGUUACUGGGUUUGGAGAGUAAUUCGAAUAUGGUUGAUGCAGACUAUGGCAAAGGGACCGAAAAGGAAAUCAAGGAGGCUGUGUUUAGUAUUGAAGAUGGAAAAUCUCCUGGUCCGGAUGGGUUCACUGCUUGCUUUUUCAAGAAAGCUUGGAACGUGGUGGGUAAGGAUUUCACGAGAGCGGUGCUGGAAUUUUUCUCUUCUGGGAGAAUUCUCAAGCAACUUAACCAUACAGUAAUUGCCUUGAUUCCAAAGUCUAAUCAUGCUUCGGGGGCGGGUGACUACAAAUCUAUCUCAUGUUGUAAUGUUAUGUAUAAGGUAAUUGCUCAGGAAAGGCCUAAGACAAGGGGAUCCCCUUUCCCCUAUCUUGUUUGUGAUUUUGUCUUGAAUAUCUCUCAAGAUUUGCUGAGUUCCCUGGAGGGAUGUCCUGAUUUCAAAUAUCAUCCAAAGUGUGAGCAAUUGAAGAUUACACACCUUGCCUUUGCAGAUGACUUGAUUCUGUUUUCUAGAGGGGACUAUAAGUCAGCCAAGGUCAUGAUGGAUUGCUUAAGGAUAUUAACUGAUGCCUCAGGGCUGGAUGCUAAUCGAUUGAAGUCAAAAUCUGUUUCAUGCUGGAGUGAAGGAUAUCUUGGAAUUCCACUUGCAGCUUCUCAGCUGAAUGCCAUGCAUUACUCUAGCUUUUUUGACAGAAUAGCCAACUUAUUCUCAGGAUGGCCAGAUCAUACACUGUCUUAUGCAGGUAAAUUGGAACUUAUAAAUUCUGUUAUUCAAGGCGUGGAGUGUUUUUUGCUGGCAAUCUUUCCUAUUCCAAACAAUGUCCUAGAGCAUGUUGUGAAACUUUGUAGGAUGUUUCUCUGGGGAGGUAGGAAGAAGCCACUUGUUGCAUGGAGGGAGGUAUGUCUCCCUAAAUCAGAAGGUGGGUUGGGAGUGUUUAAUAUUAAAGCCUGGAAUAAAGCUCUUCUCUCUCGUGCUUUAUGGAACAUUCAUGGUAAGAGGGAUACGUUAUGGGCCAAAUGGGUACGUCAUUUCUAUUUAAAGGGGUCUACUCUGUGGGGGGCUUUUUCUAAACAUGAAGAUUCCCCUCUGUUUAAGAAGAUGAUUGACAUGAAAAAUCAGAGAUUGCAAAGCUGUGGGAGUCGGUUAGAAGCAGACAGGAUGAUAAAAGAUUGGGGGCAAAAUUCUGCUUUGAGUUCUAAUUAUUGGAGGAAUAGAAAAGCUAAAGUUAUGUGGUUCAAAGAGGUUUGGAAGAGUGGAUGUACACCUAAAUAUGCCUUCACGUUGUGGUGGCUGGGUAUUAAAGGCAAGCUACUCACUUGUGAUAAGCAGCAUGGGGAGGAUAUUAAUCAGACUUGUGUACUGUGUGGCUCAGAUUUUGAGACUAUUGACCAUCUCUUCUUUAAAUGCAACUUCUCAUCUUGUGUUUGGAACCAACUUAGAGAAUGGCUGGGACUGAGGAGAGAUAUGACUACCUUGAAAGCAGCUCUAAAAUGGUUGCAUAAGGAGAAAAGGAAAUGGAAUAAAAUCGGUGGGGAAGAGAAUUUGCUUGGAAACUACAGUAUACUAUAUAUGGCACUUCAGAAACAAGAGGAGAUUCGAAGGCAAAGCUAUAUCUGCAGAGGAGCUGAUCCAAGUGGUUCGGAGACAUACAUACAGAACUGUGUUUGA